CUCAGUCAAUUGGAGUUGUUCUUGCUACUACUACGCGAGGCGGUUCGGGUUGGAGACCGCCGGCGGCAGCGAGACAGACAUGGGUGUCCUGAGCGCAGCGGCCUGCGUACUGGUGAGGGGCGCUGACCGCAUGAGCAAGUGGACCAGCAAGCGAGGUCCGCGUACAAACUACAAGAGCCGGGGCGCCAAGGGCACGGGUGUGUACGGCCGCGGCGGCAAGUUCGUGAUGGUGCCGGAGAUGGUACCGGAGCUGGUGGUACCGGCGCUGGACGGCUUCAAGCUCAAGCCCUACGUGAGUUACCGGGCCGCGGAGGGCGAGGACGCGCCCAUGACGGCAGAGCGGCUCUUUCGCGAAGCUGUGGCGCCAGCCAUCGAGAAGGAUUUCAAGGACGGCACCUUUGAUCCCGAGCGCCUGGAGAAGUACGGGUUCGAGCCCACGCAAGAGGGCAAGCUCUUCCAGCUGUACCCCAAAAACUUUCCGCGGUAGACGCCGCCCUCUCCAAAAACUUUGUGCCCUGGACUCAGACGCUGUGCCCACCGGGCCGUCGGCUUGGACCGCCCUGACUGCACGGACAGUGAUGGCAGGAACGGGGGUGUUCCCAAUCGAGUUUUAUUAAAGACCUGGGCUUCCUUACAA